GUUCAAUAUUACUUGUGUACUAAGGAAAUUUAUAAGAGAUGGAGCUGAGAGGAAUAUUGAAAUAUUGUUAAAUAGGAUUUGGUCCAAUUGGGCUAUGAGCAUAAAUAAACAUAAUAAAUAGUUAAACUCAAUAAUAUCAGGUAUACAAUGGAAACAGUAAAUCAAGACAAACAAUUUCUUCCUUCACGGGGUUUGAAGCAAGUGAAGGUAGAUAACUGGGGAACCUUCUUCCUACAAAGACUUCAACAACUUUAUUUUGAAGAAGAACUACUUGAUCUUACAAUUAAAUUUCCCACUAGUGAUAUUACUGUUCAGGCUCACCGUUUAGUUAUUACAACAUGCACAGAUUAUUUUAUGCAACUUGAACGUGAGCAAAAAGAAAAGGAUGAAAAUUUUGAUGGUAUAAUCAUUAUGCCACCAGAUAUGCCAUAUGAAUGUGUCAAGUCAAUUAUAAGUUUUAUGUACACUGGCCAAUUAGAGUAUUGGACUUCUGAACAACAUGCUUUGUAUCGUACGGCACAGAAAAUGAACAUGGCUGUUUUAACUAAAUUACUUGAUGCACAAUUUAACACUGCUUCUUUGCAAAAUGAACAAUCAAUGAAGUGCAAUACACGGCCAGUAAUAGCAGUUUCAAAACCUUCAACAUCUAGCACAAAACCAAUAACAACAUCCACUUCGUCUUCAGGACUUUCAAGUCAGCCAUUACCAGGCAGAAAGCUUCCUAUUUGGAAAAGAAAAUUAGAUACACCACAAACUAUGCCAUCACUUAAUUAUGAAAUGAGAACAUUCCAUGGGAUGCCAUCGACAAAUAGGCCUACAGAGGUGACUCCUGGACCUUCCCGAUUUGAUCUCCCUGAAGCUGAAGAGUUUGCACUUGGCGUAUUUUCGUCGUUCGACGAUAUUACGUAUAAUACAAAACCUAUCGUUCAAGCGCCAGACAAAUAUAAAAGAGACAGUUCGCCUAGUGGUAAAUGUUCCCCAGAUAGAGACAGUAAAAAUGACACGACUGAAGAUGAAGAAGACGAAGGUCAUACAAACGAGAAAAGUCUGAAAGAAAUGAAUUCCGAUGACGAUUGGUCUGUGAGUAGAUGUUUUCAAAGGGGUCAAGACACACAACCUUCGCCAUCCAAGAGAGUGCGAUUUGACCUCGAAGAAAAAGAGAAUAUGGAAAAGGGCAAAUCAUCUUAUAGAACGAACUCAGAAGAUUCCAUUAACAAUCAUGCAAAAAUCAUUCGAGAAGUACUGAAGAAAUAUCCUCAUUUAGUAAAAAAUAACAAGAAUAUACGUUUGAAAAUUAUGCAGAAAGAAGCAAAAUCUUCGGACAGUAACUCAGCCUGCAAAACAAAAGUUUCAUAUGUAGUUUUGAAAUCUGAUCACUUGAUGUCAAGUAAUAAUAGCGAGGAAACCGAGUCAAAAAGUAACGGAAGUGUAGAUGGUGGUGAGACUGGACCUUGGAAAUGUAAUAAGUGUGAUUUAGAUGAGGAAUAUACAAAUUACUAUAUGUAUAGGAGACAUAUGCAGGAUGUACAUGAAGAGAAGUUCGAUCCUCGAGUUUGUGAGCACUGUGGCUAUAAAGCUACAAAACGAAACAUUUUGAUGUAUCAUCUGUACACGAAACACAAUGUACCUCCUCCAAAAAGUAUGUGUUUUCCAAAGUGUCAAGCAUGUUCUUAUGUAGCACUUUCGGAGACACUUUUGGUUAGACAUCAGAUCAAUCAUAAUCAUCGACCGACAUCGCGUCAACAUUCGUCGACAGUCGAGGAGAUUCAAUGUAUGCAGUGUUCACAAACUUUCAAAGACGUCACUGAGUUGACGACUCACGAAAUUAACACAGGUCAUGGAAAUCUACCUGAUGGAAAAGAGAAGGGUCACCGUUGUCCUCAUUGUGGUAAAGUUUUUGUACGCGCUACGAACUUACAAGUUCAUCUUGAUUGCGUGCAUAAGGAUCUUCGGGAUUGCGAAACGGCAGUAUCUAUGCCACCGCUUACGCUAGAACCUUCUUCAGAAGCAGAAGCAUUGAGUCACGUUGCUAGUGGUAUAGCGGCUUCCCUAGGUGUUGGAGAUAGCGUUCCAUCGGAAUCUCAAGAAGUGUCUUCGAACGUGUCGGAGUAUGUCGUACCGGGUAUGCAGUUAAAUAAUAUUUCACAUGAAAUGACAUACAAUACGCACGAGCUCGAUGGUCAGCACAUGAUUAUGCUAAUCGAUAAUGAAAACUAUCAGCAACAGGAAAAUGAGCAACAGCAACAACCACAGCAGUUAAACAUUACCAAUAAUGAGCAGAUCGUGAUGCAAGGUACGGAGGAUGGUAUGAUCGUUUACAUUCGCGAAAACGAAGAAGUGGAACGGCAAUCGUACGAGAAUUAUCAGUCGGGAGAACUUACUGAAGAGACUGAAGAAAUAGUAGAGGAAGUGGUUGAGGAAGUUGAAGAAAAAGUGUUGGAGGAGGAAAUGCAAGUUGAACAGUCUGAAAUAUUAGAGGAAUGCAGUUCUGAUCAGGUAGAGGAAGUUAUACAAUAUGUGGAAGAACAGACAGAAAUAGUGGAGUAUGAUGAGCAAUGCAGCGAACAAAGUAAUAGUGUAGGCGAAUCACAGGAAUCAGUUAUGAUUAUUGAAGAAGAACAUGUCGAGGGAGAGCAAGACGUGGAAAAGAAGGUCAAACAAGAUAAAACGAGAGGCUUUGCUGAAUGGGAUGAGGACAGUAGAGAAUUAGCUGAAUCAUAA